CACUCGCAUGUGGAGAAGCAGUUUUUCUCCGAAUAUCAGAUGAGUCGACGCGUUUCGCUCUUUUGCUGGUUUAUAUGCGAACAAUGGCGAGCUAUAUGUGGCGCAUUUUAUGCAGUCGCAUGAGAGGGACCACAGAGCUAGUGCUGAAAUUCGCGAAAUUGUCGGACAAGGCAUUCGCGCCGGUCAAAGGUUCGGAGUAUGCAGCGGGAUACGAUCUACGAAGCGCAUACAAGUACAUUAUACCAGCUCAUGGCAAGGAAUUAGUUAAGACUGAUCUGCAAAUAGAAGUUCCUCCCGGUACAUAUGGCAGGGUCGCACCGCGAUCUGGAUUAGCGUGGAAAAAUCACAUAGACGUAGGUGCAGGCGUUAUAGAUGCGGAUUACCGCGAAGAGAACGUAUGGAAGCUCUGUCAGGAUGUAGCGACUAGGCAUCCUUCCGAAUUGCAACAUUGUCACGUUGUUUUCGUCAGCAAUCCACGCCGAAGCGUCCCCCUUUGGCGCCAGCGGGCGGGAAAAGAUGAGGACAAGCUGGUUGUGUGGGAUUAUCACGCCAUUCUCAUCUACGCGCCCGAUGAAAGAGCGGUGGUAUACGACUUAGAGAGCUCCCUGCCAUUUCCCACGCAUUUCUGGAAAUAUGCGACGGAGACCUUCAGGUCCGACGAGGCGGUGCGGCCUGAAUAUCACAGAAAAUUCCGUCUGGUGCCCGCCAGCGCGUAUCUGCAACACUUCGCGUCAAGCCGACAUCACAUGAAGCGAGAGGAUGGCACGUGGAUCAAGACACCACCGGAUUAUCCUCCAAUUUCGACGCCAACUUGCAAGGAUAAUCUUGACUCGUUCAUCAACAUGGAACCGGGUACCGGACUAGGCGUCGUAAUGAGCUUGAAACAAUUAGUCAACCGAUUUUAUAGGCCAAAUGUCAACACACAGGCGCCGACGCCGCCGCAACCGCAGGCUACGGCGACUUAAACCGCCGCUGCUGCAGUGUGAUGUUCGUACGCUUUGAUUAAACAUCUUUGGAAAUCAAUUGUAUGGCCUAAGGAAAUUCGUUUAUUGAUGCAUGCACUUUCGUGGGCUAAAACAUUUGAUCGAAAAUUUAAUAAUAAUGUUAGUUAAUCGCUGUUAACUGUGGCAGAUUUUCGAAUACAAGAAUAUCGUUACGAUUGUAUUCCAAUUCUUCUAUUCCAAUAGGAUUUUAUUCCUUUUCGAGCUUUUUGAGUGGACUUCUCGCUGCAAUGAAGUCUAUUCUAUUCUACCUUUCCGAACAGAUUUUGCUCCAGCGAAGUCUAUUUUAUUCUUUUUCGAGCAGACUUCGCUCCAGCGAAAUCUAUUCAAUUCUUUUUGAGCGAAUUUCGCUCCAGCUAUUCGAUUCAGCUAAAAUUUCCUCGGUUCUCUAAAGAAACUUUGCUCUAGCUCUUUGAAGUCUGCUCGAGAACCGAGAGAAUUUUAGCUGAAAUUUAUUAUUGCGUUAUGGUUUUGCUAAAAGUUUGUUGCAUCGUGAGUAAACAUGCAUUAGAUUUCAGAUAAGUUCAUUGAUCUCUAUUAAUUCUUUAUUAGUUGUUUUCUGUUUCGCUAUUCCAUAACAUUAUCAUAAAAGAUGUGUAUUUCGAUGAAGUCGAUCAUUAUUGAAUAUGUCAUUAAUACGAUGUCUAAGCACUUAUUGAGAUUGUCCAGAAAGCGGCUCAGCAAACUCGUUUCAUUGAGUAAAAUGCGAAGAUUAAAUCUUUUAUCUGGAAAUGUACUCUGUCAUUCCAUAAAUUAUGUACAAGCUUUUGGCCAAAAUCAAAUAACUGCGUAAUCAUGUUACUCAUCCAUCAUCAUAAUCUUUACGGUAAUACGAAAUCGAUAUAUUCAUUUUUCAAAAAACGAUUGUGUUGAACUGCUUUUUAAGCACUCCCGAUAACUGCUUAUAUGUAUUAAUAAACUCCAUCGAAAUAUUCAUAUUCUCCCUUUUUCUAAAGCCUCGUUCGCAGAACUUAUCCAGAGAGGCACUCACCUCUCCGGCAGUGUAGCACGUUUACAUUCGACCAUAUUCUCGAAUCGUGUUUCAUAGAAAUAAAUACUCUCGUCUCUCCAUGCCACAUAAAGCGAUCUUUUUCACGGCUUUACUCUGUCAAUGGUGUUAUUAUAAUUCUUGUAUCAAAGACUGAUGUAUUUACAGAGAAUUAUCUGACUUGAUAGAGAUCUCUUUGUCUAUCGGCGCGUGUUCAGAGCGCGAGACGUGAUUAAAGCGCUUAUAAUUAUUGUGCGAUCGAUGUAGUCAAGAACUUAAUCUUCGCGACGUAACACGUGAUUGUUACGAUUAUUGUAAUUCUUGUGAUAUAUACUUUGUACUUUCUACUUUGAAUACCUACGCUAUACUUAUCUACUGUUUGUACUAAAUGCUGAUUCUUAAGAGGUACACGCUUGUUGAGCGGCUGUUGAAGGCAAAGAAUGGACGAACUCUCAAGAAUCACGAUCACAAUUCGAUCUCGGCGAAUUCCUCUGUGAAUGAUUGGCUUUUGCGAAUGAUAUUAUUCGUGACAAGUCGAUUAUUUCGUACUAAUAGUCUGUUGAUAAACUCAUUACAUUUGUUCAAAUGGAACUAAAAAUUGGGUGAAAGUUUGUUCUCUUAAUAAGAUUGAUAUCAUUUGUAUAAUCACAACCAUUGAUCGAGCUCUUUCGAUUUUACAACGGAAACUUUAUAUUUUCUAUCUGUUUUGCAGUAAACUGUGUUCUAUCUAAGGUGAGCCUGCAGCGCACAAAGGUUGAACUUUCAAGGCUCCUGCGAUUUCUGAUAAAACGGUAUAACGUGCGACUUAGCUCUUUGCGUUCCAAGGUUACAUUUGCUGGCGAUGCUGGCCACAAGUUACGAGCGUUUUACGUUUAUUUCGCGCUGAUAUCCAAGCCGAUCGACUAUUCCGAUUGGCUGGUGCAUAUGCAUUCAGAGAUUCGCGAUCACAUAGCGUGCUUCAUACACAUACACUGUUAUGUAUGCUGCUAACAAUUGGUCGCAUAAUGAUGCCGCGUAUUCGCCUGUGUCGUUCAAUAAUGGUGACGGUAUGGAACGCAAAUCUAUUCCUUACGAUGUCUGUCUCAAUUCGGUUAUUAGUUGCUCCAUUCGAAGGAACGUAAGCGGAAGUUCCUAUCCAUCAAUUACUAUCGAACCAUCGACUCGCUGUGAAUAUAAUACGUCAAUCAUUCGUGGAAGACCCCAUCGAGGUCGACUCAAUCGCAAUAGUUCCGAAAGUUCGUCCACUCUCUGCCUUCCAAAAGUUCCUCACUAGUUCACCCUACCUUUCUCAUUGACACAUGUUUACCUUCAACUCGCAUGUAUCAUGUUACUACGAGCGUGCAUACUUGUAAGCGGAGAAGUCUACGAUUUUGAAAUCUAGUUACCGAAGACCGCUUUGGUAAUAAAUUGCACGACAACGGUUCUCCACACGACGGGAACCAGGUUCCUUUCUAAUGGGCGCACAACGCAUGGGACCGAUCUUCUUAGCGAAUAAUUUUGAAUGUUUCCUCAAUGUAUACGUAUAAUAUAUAUAUUGAAGAAAUAUGUGUGUAGAGAAUUGCUGCCGGUUUAUUACCAAAUUCAUUAUUUAUUACGAAACUUCUUUACGACCUUCUCCCUUCGAAUAUAUGAUGAAUUAUUACAAUAAAUGGAUGCACUCUGUUCGUCUCAGCUUUAAAUUUUACGAAA